AGAGAGAGACAGUGAAAGUUCUGCCCUCGGUGAGAAUCAAGAGCAACAGCUGUUCAGGACAUACCCACCACAGGACAAAGGGUGUAGAGCUGUCAGUACUGGUAUGCUGAAAACUGGACAACUGUGAUGAAGGAGGGAUGAAGAGCAGGGAAGCAUGCAUCUGCAUUAGAAAGUGAGUCACAUUAAAUAUGUAGUUUUCAGGAAGGGAAGAGAACAGGGAACUCUUGUGCAAGUAGGAAGUGCUAAAUGGGACAUUUAGAAGAGGAACUCUGACAAAGAAAAUUAAAUGAAUGCAAGUGCACAGUACCUGAGAGAUAGAGAGAAGUUGAGAGAGACAGAGAACCAGAGAGAGAGAGAGAGAGAGAGAGAGAGAGAGAGAGAGAACAGAAACAAGGGGGAGGGAGACACACACCAAAAAAGGGCUUGAGCCAGAGCUGGAAUCAGUGCUUGCUGGACAAACGCACAGACGCCAGGGGAGAAGAAUAAGGCAACAACAGACAAAGUGAAAGACAGAGAGAGGGAGAGAGAGAGAGAGAGAGAGAGAGAGAGAGAGAGAGAGAGAGAGAGAGAGAGAGAGAGAGAGGGGUUGAUUUGUGAGGGAGAUUAAAAAGAACAGUGUGCACUGAAGACUGGGUAAGUGUAUUAAAGUAUGUUCCGUAUUUUUUGAGGUUAGUGGUAGUGUACAGAUUUCUAAGACUGGGUGAAUAGGGAGUGUCCUUUAUUGGAGGCUAUGGAAUAGAGCUGCAGCUGAAAACAGACUGUAAGCUGUGGUGUGCCACUAUGUCCACGGGCCCUGGGCCCCGAGAGGCCCCUCUGCCCAGAGAGAAGAUGCUGAAGGAGCCUGGUAUGACAGUGGGGAGCUCGCCUCAUAGUCCUGUGGGACUUCAGACACUACUUGACCUGCUUGUUGGAGUCUACGAGGAGUUCCAGUCCUCCGAUACAGCCAGAGAUAGAUACAUCAGACGCUUCCUGCAGUGGGCGGAGCCUCUGGUGAGCCAAGUGAAGAAGACCCGCAUAAAAAGGGAUGAUUUCAACAUCUUGAAGGUGAUCGGCCGGGGGACCUUCAGUGAGGUUGCUGUGGCUAGAAUGCGCAAUACUCAACAGGUCUAUGCACUGAAGAUAAUGAACAAAUGGGACAUGCUGAAGCGUGGAGAGACAGCAUGCUAUCAGGAGGAAAGGGAGGUUUUGCUAAAAGGGGAUCGUCGCUGGAUCACCGAGUUGCACUAUGCCUUCCAAGAUGACAAUUACCUUUACUUAGCAAUGGAUUACUACGUUGGUGGAGACUUGCUGACAUUGCUUAGUAAAUUUGGUGACCAUAUUCCAGAGGACAUGGCUCAGUUUUACUUGGCGGAGAUGGUGAUGGCUAUCGACUCUGUCCACAGACUUGGCUAUGUCCACAGAGAUGUAAAGCCUGAUAAUAUCCUGCUAACAGCAGAUGGACAUGUGCGACUGGGGGACUUUGGGUCAUGUUUGAGACUGCAUGAUGAUGGCUUGGUUCACUCUUCUCUGGCUGUUGGUACUCCAGACUACCUGUCUCCAGAGAUCUUGCGAGCAGUAGAAGGGGGAGGAGGCUAUGGUGUAGAGUGUGACUGGUGGGCUCUUGGUGUCUGUGCAUAUGAGAUGCUACUGGGGACCACACCCUUCUAUGCAGAGUCACUGUCUGAAACCUAUGCAAAAAUAAUCCACUUUCAGGAUUAUUUUGAGUUCCCGGCAUCUGCUGUGGACAUUUCUGAGGAGGCACGUUCCCUCAUCACCGGUUUGCUAUGUGACAGGAAUGAGAGGCUGGGUGCAAAUGGUUCUGCAGAUUUCCGAAGUCAUCCUUUCUUUAAUGGGCUCGAGUGGAGUGUCCUGCACCAGCUGCCUGCUCCGUAUCGGCCUGAAGUCUCCAAUGCUACAGACACUUCCAACUUUGAUGUGCUGGAUGACUGCCUCAGUGAAACAGAGACUCUGACUGAUGUAAUGGACAGAGCACCUAGAGGAAUUCACCUAGCAUUUGUUGGAUACUCUUAUACAGCUACCAGAGAAACAGGAGCUGUGGACCGCAGCCAAGACAUCAUGAUGGAGAUUGACCAGCAGCCAGUUCUUGAGGCUCUGUACCUGCCGGAGAAUCUGAAUCAUGUGUGGCAGCUCAGGGAGCCUCAUGAGAUGUCAACACAGACAGAUUUUCCCCUGGCCCUUGAACACAGUACUGUAGAGCCUUCAACCACAUCAGAUACAGAACAGAACAAUACUCAAAUCCAGGAGUUGCAGAGGCAACUGAGCGAGGCUGAGCAAAGAAACAGAGACCUGAAACAAGAAGUACAAACCCUGCAUGACGAGAUCCACAGACUCAAGGACCAGCAGGACAAAGAACUGUGUAUGUGCCCAUCGCCUGUAUUUCUGCCUGCCUGCUGUGUGGAGCCUUUCAGGGAUAACUCAGCAGUGCCCCCUGCCUGUCAUUACCCACUAGUGAGGCCUCUGCUGCGCCACCUGCUGCUGUUCCACAGGGUGCGUUGGCCACAGGUGAAGUCUGAGUCGUACCUGCUGGUGUGUGCAGCAAGCAGCGAACUCCAGAUGUGGGAGCGCUACUGCAGUUUCGAGCUCUCCUGAGUGCUGCUGUGUGAAGAGCUGAUGUCGGGUUCUCUGUGUGGGUCCAACAUGACAGUCUGGUGCUCUCAGACAGCUUGUAUAAUUCAGUCUAUAAAACUGUCCACACUAUUCUAAACCACACUGCUGAGAGCCACCCUGUCAUUAACGCCAUUCAGGAGUACUGUAUGUGCAACUGGGGUUCAUUCAUUAACAAGCAGCAAGCUUAAUUUCUUAAUGUUUACUUUAUAGACCUCAUUGAUUUUCAUUGAUUGCAGGUUCAUGCAGGCUGACACUUGAUUGCACUUGUUAUUGAAAAAUGGGUUUAUGGUCUUUCAGUUUGUAUGAUACUCCUUUUAUACACACUUAAGCUUUUGGAAUGUAAUUUAAAACAAGUGCCAUCUGAUAUAUCAAGCUUGUGUAUCAGGCACUGACACUAACACGCUCACAUUAGCUUAGGUUACAGACAAACAAAA